AUGUUUCCCGUGGACACCAUCCCCGCGCACUACUACGAAGAACGUCAAGCCGCCGACCAAGCGAAGCGUCUGGCAAAAUUGCAAGAGCAGCAGAUCCAGGCACAGGCACAAGCCGCACUAAAGGCCGCACAACCACAAAAUCUCACACAAGCUCUUUUGCAGCGACCGCCGCUUUCCCGCCCAGUCUCCAGCAGCGUACUUGGCAACAUCUUCCAAGGAUUUGUGAAGGCAGCGUCGCAGCAGAAUAGUCCCGCCAUGUCACCCGUCAUGUCGCCCGCUACUACACCCGGCGCKAAGAUCAUGACGCGCGAGGAGCACGAGGCGUUGAUCGCUGAGAAGAAGCGUGAUGGAGAUAUUUGUGCUCUACCACAUUGGUACCACUAA